ACAUUACACGGACACGUGUCUCACUGUUAACAACAUGUUCGUGUCACUUGUUACUAUCUGUCUGUUCAUUGGAUUUAUUCUAAUUCUUCUUUAUGACCAAUAUAAUCGCGAGGCGCGGCUGAUACGCCAAAUACCAGGUCCAAAGAGAUGGCCCAUCGUUGGAAAUACGAUAAAUUUCUUGUUACCGCUUGACAAAUUAUUUUUAUAUCUUCGAAAAAUGCCACGUGAAUUUGGAGAUAUCGUACAGAUACACGCGAUACACGAGAGAACUAUAGGAUUUCUUGAUCCUGAUAAUAUUGAGACAAUCUUAUCCUCGCUUCGUUUCAGUGAUAAAAAUAUACCAUACAAUUUUAUGAGACCAUGGCUUGGCGAGGGACUUCUCACAAGCCAAGGUCAAAAAUGGCAUCAAAGACGAAAGUUGUUGACUCAAGCGUUUCAUUUUAAUAUAUUGAAGAAAUAUUCGAUAACUUUCGCUGAGCAGACAGAGAAGUUAUUGUACGACGUUCAAGAAAGGGUCAAUGAAAAAAAACUUGACAUAGUGCCUUUGAUAACGUCAACGACACUUCGUAUCAUGUGUGCGACAGCAAUGGGUACGUCAAUGCAUGAAAGUAUUGAAUCUGUGGCGAGUAAAUACUCAAGAGCAAUUGAAGAAGUCGGAAAGGCCAUUGUUGAGAGGAUGUGUAGAAUUUGGCUACAUGUAGAUUACUUUUAUAAAUGGUCGAAUAUUUUUAAAACGCAAGAGUCUGCGCUUAAAGAUUUACACACGUUUACUACGAGUAUCAUCAAUGAGAGGCGAACAUAUUUACAAGAAAAUGGUAUAGAGACAUUCGAAGACGAAGAAAGCAACGGGAAAAAAGGAAGAUUGGCCAUGUUGGAUUUGCUUCUAGAGAAAGAAAAAGUGGGAGAUAUUGACGUUGACGGUAUCCGAGAAGAAGUCGAUACAUUUAUGUUUGAGGGUCAUGAUACAACAGCGCAGGCGUUAACUUUCUUAAUAAUGACGAUCGCCAACGAACCGAGAGUGCAAGAGAAGAUUUACGAAGAACUGCAAAAUAUAUUUAAGGGCAACCAAAAUACGCCAACAACAGAUGAAUUAAACGAGAUGAAGUAUCUUGAAUGCUGUAUAAAGGAAUCUUUAAGAUUAUAUCCCAGUGUGCCCAUUAUACUAAGAUAUUUAACUGAAGAAAUUACUGUAGGAGGUUACACUAUACCCCGAAAUUCCCAUAUUCAUAUUUCUAUAUACGACUUGCAUCGUCGUGCGGAUCUGUACCCAGAGCCGGAGCGCUUUAUUCCAGAAAGAUUUCUCCCUGAAGCGUGCGCUAAGCGACACCCGUAUGCGUAUAUACCUUUCAGCGCUGGACCUCGAAACUGUAUUGGUCAAAAAUUCGCUAUGCUGGAGAUGAAGACUUUGGUAUCAUCUUUGCUUCGGAAAUAUCGUCUGGAGGCGGUGACUAAGCCCAGCGAUCUUAAAUUUAGAACUGACAUUCUAUUACGAACCAAUAAUGAAUCGAUCUAUGUUAAUUUUUUUAACCGAUGUUGAUUGAGACAUUACGUCCAGAACGUUUAACGUAUUGACUUAGAUUUAACGCCGAUUUUAUUGAUAAACAUCUAAUAUCGAAUAGGGUAUAAGCAGAAUAAAGAUUUUAAUAAAAAAAUCUGAAUUAAAUUAUGAAUGAUUGUAUAAAAAAAAAAUUGACAUAACG